AUGGCGCCUCACUCCAUCGCCAUUAUACUUGCCGCAAUCUCUCUCGCCUCAGCACAAAACUUGCCACAUCCGACCCGCCUCCUCACCAACCCAGUCCAGCCUCCGGGCUUUUCUGAUGAUCCUGCUUUGACUACGCUUAGGCCGCUUCGUAUCAUAACUCCACCAGAAGUGAUAUAUGGCGAUGCAGGAAGCACUUCAGACGAUACACUUGCCAUCUACGCCAUCCACGCCAUCCACGCCAUCUUUACCAUGUGCAACAUCAACCUCAUCGCCACUAAUUACGCCAUUGCCAACAGCAGCUAUAACGGCAUCAUCAACAACUACGACUACGACAUCAGAAGACGCAGAACCCCAAGUCGCUUCCACCUCUAUCGAUUAUCGUCAAUGGCAAAUCCAGCCUCGAUGCCAACAGCUUUCACCAGUGCCGCCGCCGGCCUCAUUGCUGUUGUCGGGUUGGCCAUGGCGUUGUGA